UUGAUUUAUCAAGGACGAGUGAAGUAGACCAGUGAAAUAGUAUCAAGUAUCAACCUUUGAAUUUUCCGGCCACCGAUCACCGAGAGUGGGCUGUCCAAUGAGUCAUCGCUCGCCGUCACUCUCCCGUGAUAAUAUACAAUUGCUGCCUUUAUUGCUCUCUUUUCACCACUAGAAAGGCACGAGCUUUCUUCACUUUCCCUCCUCACAUUUCUCUGCUUUUCUUUGAACUACUCCAACCCCAUAAUUGCAGUUUGUGAAUUGUGAUAAGCCUCUUUCUUGGAAAAUAUCCCUUUGUGAAUUGUAGCAAAGGGAUUCCAAAAAAGAAGAUGGUGAAUCUGAGGUUAUUAUGUGGCAACAAGUCUCUCAAGUCAGUUAGGUUGAGCUUCAGAAUACCAUAUUAUACCCACUGGGGACAGCACCUUCUUGUGUGCGGUUCAGAAGCAUUGCUCGGUUCGUGGAAUGUGAAAAAGGGUCUGUUGUUGAGACCUUCUCAUCAGGGGGAUGAACUUAUAUGGUCCGGAAGCAUGCCUGUUCCUCCGGGAUUCAAAAGUGAAUACAGUUAUUAUGUGGUGGAUGAUGAGAAAAAUGUUGUGAGAUGGGAGGUUGGAAAGAAGAGGAAGCUACUGUUGCCUGAUGGACUUGAGGAUGGUCUGUUGGUAGAGCUUCGUGAUCUUUGGCAGACUGGUUCUGAUGAUAUUCCUUUCAAAAGUGCAUUUAAAGAUGUCAUCUUCCGUAGAACAUGGAAUUUAGACGUGGAAAUGCCCCUUGGGGCUAUUCAGAGCAAGUUGGACCAGGAAGAUUCAGCCCUCAUACAGUUCAAAAUAUGCUGCCCACAUGUAGAUGAAGGAACAUCUGUUUAUGUGAUUGGGAGUUCCCUAAAGCUGGGUCAGUGGAAGGUUCAAAAUGGAAUUAAGCUCAAUUAUGCUGGUGACUCAUUUUGGCAAGCAGAUUGUGUGAUGGGAAAAUAUGACUUUCCUUUAAAAUACAAGUACUGCAAAUAUGGCAAGGAUGGAGCAUUUUCUUUGGAACAUGGUGCAUAUCGGGAGUUUUUUAUUGACUUCGAAACUAGUCAACCAAAAUAUGUGAUCCUUUCAGAUGGCAUGAUGCGGGAAUUUCCUUGGCGGGGUGCUGGUGUUGCCAUCCCCAUGUUCUCUGUGAGAUCCGAGGCCAAUGUAGGAGUUGGAGAGUUUCUUGAUCUCAAGUUGCUUGUUGAUUGGGCCGUUGAGUCUGGCUUUCAUUUGGUUCAGCUUUUGCCGAUUAAUGAUACAUCAGUGCAUGGGAUGUGGUGGGAUUCGUAUCCAUACAGCUCACUCUCAGUAUUUGCGUUGCACCCAAUGUACCUGAGAGUAGAUGCACUUUCCGAAGAUAUUCCAGAAGAUAUUAAGCAAGAGAUAAAGCAAGCAAGAGUUCAGCUAGACAGAAAGGAUUUAGAUUAUGAUGCUACCAUGGCUACAAAACUUGCAAUUGCCAAGAAAAUUUUUGUGCUAGAGAAGGACAGAAUAUUCAAUUCGAGCUCCUUCCAGAAUUACUUUGCUGAGAAUCAGGAUUGGUUGAAGCCCUAUGCAGCUUUCUGUUUCCUGCGAGACUUCUUUGAAACGUCUGAUCACAGCCAGUGGGGCCGCUUUUCUUGGUUUUCAGAAGAGAAGCUUGAGAAACUUGUCUCGAAGGACAGCUUUAACUAUGAAAUAAUUUGCUUUUAUUACUAUAUCCAAUUCCAUUUGCAUAUGCAAUUGUCAGAAGCGGCAGAAUAUGCAAAACAGAAAGGAGUAGUGCUGAAAGGUGACCUACCUAUUGGAGUUUCGAGAAAUAGCGUGGAUACGUGGGUCUAUCCAAAUUUGUUCCGCAUGAACACUUCUACUGGGGCACCCCCUGACUAUUUCGAUAAAAAUGGGCAGAAUUGGGGAUUCCCCACUUAUAAUUGGGAAGAGAUGUCCAAGGAUAACUAUGCUUGGUGGCGUGCUCGUUUGACCCAGAUGGGAAAGUACUUUACAGCUUAUAGGAUUGAUCAUAUAUUGGGUUUCUUUAGAAUAUGGGAGCUUCCUGAUCAUGCUGUGACUGGUCUCUGUGGGAAAUUUCGUCCAUCUAUUCCUAUUAGCCAGGAAGAGCUUGAGUCAGAAGGAUUAAGGGAUUUUGACCCCUUGUGUCGUCCAUAUAUUCGAUUGGAUUUGCUACAGGAAAAGUUUGGAGCUUCUUGGACUAUUAUAGCUUCAAAUUUCUUAAACGAGUAUAAAAAAGAUUUUUAUGAGUUCAAAGAGGAGUGCAAUACCGAGAAGACACUCUCGUCGAAACUAAAGCUAUUCUUGGAGAGAUCCAUGUUUAUAGAGAGUGAGGAGAAACUACAACGGAAUCUUUUUGAUCUUUUACAGGAAGUAGUCCUUAUCCGAGAUCGAGAAGAUCCAAGAAAGUUUUAUCCCCGUUUCAACCUUGAAGACACUUCAAGUUUCAAGGGUUUAGAUCAGCACAGUAAAAAUGUUGUGAAAAGACUAUACUAUGAUUACUACUUCCACCGACAAGAAAGCCUGUGGCGUCAAAAUGCUUUGAAGACUCUGCCUGUUCUUAUGAACUCAUCUGAUAUGCUCACUUGUGGGGAAGAUCUUGGCAUGAUUCCUGCCUGUGUUAAUCCUGUCAUGCAAGAGCUUGGUUUAAUAGGGUUACGUAUUCAACGCAUGCCAAGUGAAGCUGGACGAGAAUUUGGUAUUCCUUCAGAAUACAGCUAUAUGACGGUAUGUGCUCCAUCGUGCCAUGAUUGUUCCACUUUGCGUGCGUGGUGGGAAGAAGAUGAAGGAAGAAGGCGUCGCUAUUUCCAAACUGUUGUGGGGUCCGGUGCAAUGCCACCCGAUCAGUGUACUCCUGAAAUUGCCCGCUUUGUCUUGCGGAAGCAUGUUGAGUCCCCAUCAAUGUGGUCAAUAUUUCCUCUCCAGGAUUUGCUAGCACUCAAAGAGGAUUACGCUACUCGCCCUGCAGUCGAGGAGACAAUAAAUGAUCCGACAAAUCCAAGACACUACUGGAGAUAUCGCAUGCAUGUAACAAUGGAGUCCUUGCUCAACGAUAAAUCACUCAUAAGCAUCAUCAAAGGUCUCAUCCGCGGGAGUGGAAGAUCUUAUCCUCAAAAAGAGCUCGAAAUGAAACAAGGGAGCGUACCAGUUCCAGGAAAUCCCCAGAUUUCUUGUGCAGACAAAUGAGGUGUCCAAAAAAGCAGCUUAUUUAGAUAGAAAUGCUUGUACCUACAAGUCAGUUUGUAUUGAGAGUAUUCAUAGUAAAUGAUUGGUUAGAAAACAAAAUCUGCAAUAAGAAAUUUCUUUCAAGAAAA